AUGCCCUCUUCUUCCUGCAGGGCCCAAGCCUCUGACCCUCUGCUAAAUGCCAAGAAUUACGUACAGGAUCUCAUCCCCAACAUCGUCGAUCGCCAUGCCACCGAAAAUCGAGACAAAGUCUAUGCUUCAAUACCAAUCAACAAUGACGAUCUAAGUCAGGGUUUUCGUGACAUAACCUACCGAGAAUUUAAUAAUGCCAUCAGCAAGGCGGCCUAUUGGCUCGAGGAGAAAUUGGGGGUUCCCUCUACGGGCAGUUUUCCGACAUUUGCGUACUAUGGCGCACGGGACUUGAGAUAUGCCAUUUUGUUGGUUGCGGCGAUGAAAGUUGGUUAUAAGAUGCUUUCUUCCUCCUUGCUAUGUACAAUCGACGCGCAUGUACAUUUGGUCAAGGAAAGUAACUGUCAUACCUUCCUCUGCAAUGCGUCCACGCUUCCCCUCGUUGAGAAGAUUGAGAAAGCACAGCCCUUAUCCCGGCAUAUACUAGUCCCGGACCUGCUCGAGUUUCUCCCGUUCCACGAAGUACCGAAUAAUGACUCUUUGUACCCCUAUAAUAAAACAUGGGAUGAGGCGUGCCACGAGCCCUGUUUGAUUGUUCACACUAGCGGUUCCACCGGCGUGCCAAAAGUCGUUGUGUACACUCAGUAUAUGCUGGCUGCGCCAGACCGCAGUCGCGUAAUCCCCUCAUACCAGAAUUGCCAGUCGAUGCUUUGGGAAAUGACGGGUCGGAGAAUUUUCACUUCCAUACCUGCAUUUCAUUUACUCGGGUAUGCCGGUUUCCUUGUGUUACCUGUCUACCUCGACAUAAUCGGGAUAAUGGCACCGCCCGACAAAGUCAUUACCGCCGAAGUGGCCGAUGAAAUCCACAGAUACGCCCGACUAGACGGGGGCAUAUACCAUCCAUCACUGCUGGAAGACGUUGUACGAGACGAGCAGAAACGCGAGGAGUUCCGGAAUUUCAAAAUAGUGUUUUACAGCGGAUCGCCCCUGGAAACUAUCACGGGAGACUGGCUUGCAACAACAUUCGGCAUUGUUCGGAAUAUCGUCGGCAGUACCGAAGGCUUUUCGUGGCCUGCGUUGGAGAUAAUCGAUCCCACAAAGGAUUGGAACUAUACACACUUUUACCCAAUAAAGGGGCUGACUUUCAUCCCGGUGGGGCUGGAUGGUGCUUAUGGUAUUGACGGUGAAUUAUACGAGCUUGUUGUUCAGCGUACUGCUGAGACAGAAAAAUUCACGAAUUUUUUUCACGCAAAACCAGAAGCCCAAGAAUGGCGGACAAAGGAUCUAUGGAAGCCUCAUCCCGAUUCCGCGAAACCAGGGCACUGGCUCUACCAAGGCCGUACAGAUGACCUUGUUGUGCUUAGUGGCGAAAUAAAAAUGUACGCAGGGGCCUUGGAAGCCAAGAUCUCGGCGCAUCCGCUCAUGCGCUCUGCACUUGUUGGCGGCCACCAACGCAAAUGGCCGUUCUUGUUGCUGGAGUUGGUUGACCAGCCGGCCGAUUUGGCGGAGGCUGAACGUGUUCUUGACGAGAGUAUUUGGGCAGAGGUCGACGUGAUUAAUACUAAAACUGCGCAUGAUUCGGUACGGCUUCGUCGGUCACUUGUUUUGGUUGCUGAUGCGAGGAGGCCUUUUGUGCGACUGGCGAAAGGGUCAGUGGCUAGGAAUCCGACGUUCGAGUUGUAUAAAGAGGAUAUUGAGAAGUUGUAUGCGGUGACUGAGAAGUGA